UGAAUAUAAACCGAAUUAAUUGAUGUAAAUCAUCAGUCGAUUGUGAAAGCUUGUGAAGAGAAGAUGAAUCGAAAAUUGCUAAGCUUGUUUUUCAUUUCAAUUAUUACUUUGGAGCUCCUAGUUCCAUGCGCAAAUGCUGGUUCUGGUAAAGCAAAAAGCGUCAAAAAUGUUGUCAAAGCUAUGGGCGAGGGUACUGUUCGAACUGCUAAAUCAAUUGGUAAAUCAGGUUUCAAGGCAGGAAAACAUGCAGUACAAACGGUUGGCUUUGGGGUCAUGUCUGGUAUAGGAUACGCUGGCACAGUUGCAAUGACUCCUCUUGCGUGUGUGACCUGCGGUAAUCUAGGUACCGCAGAGGCAACUCAAUUGUGCGCUGGUGCAGCUUUAAUCGGUCAAGAACGAGCCGUUAUAAACGGGGGGAAAACAAUUGGAAGAACAAUUGAGACAGCUGGUAAGAUAGCUGGUCUCCCUCUUGUCUGUGGUCACAAAUCAAUGAAAGCGAUGCAAGAAAUCGAAGAAAGAGAAGAAGAAAAGGAACAAAAUGAAGUGACGGAAGAAGAAAGACGGAACAAACUGAAGAGUUUACCAGAACCAUAGACCCAAUGUUUCGGUUUUUGUAAUCAAAAUUCCAUUUUUCAUUAUCUAUUUGUUAAAAACAAAAAAAUAUUUAAUUUCUAUUGUUUGAAUAAAAGUAUGGAUUUUUUGAAAUUUGCCAUUAGUUCGAUGCUAAAGCUAAAACGACCAAAUCCAAAAAUAAAAUUAUCAAUUGCGAAA